UGCUUAUGCAUCUUUCGAUAAAUAAAAAAAAUUGUUGUAGAUCAUGGCAUGCAUCAACGACGCUCAACUAUGCGCGAGAGAGAGCGAAAUGAAUCCUCAAAUGGCCGCACUACAUUGUUCACGUGCGAGAAAUAAGAAUAACAGCAACAGCAAAUGUUUUUUUCCUAAAUGACCCCAGAUCGAUUUCGAUUCCACAUCAGUCGAAAACUCAAAUGAUUUUGAUUGCUAUCUUUCAGGACCUCAUAAUCAACAGUGUCACGAGCGACUCAAAUUGAAGUCGUGAAAGUGACGAACAACGAACCUGUCGUUGGAUAGCCACUAUCUGAGCGACCCUGUUAUAUUGUUUCACUCAUAAUUGUCAUUGAUCAAAUUAGUUUGCUAGGUUAGUUCUUCAACUCACUAGCUACACCAACACCUUGUCUUCCUUUUAUUGCGCAUAAAAAAAUCAUUUUGAAAACAUAAACGUUCAAAAUGGCGAUGAGCAGCGAGCAGCCACCAUUUCAGAUGCCAAUGCACGAGUCCGAUGUGCUCGGGGAUCAGGCAGAGGUCAUGGCGAUUCUGAAACGUAUCAAUCAUAAUUGAUGAUUGCCUUUAUGUAGAUUGGAGUUCCUCAGCCUGCUGGGUUUUCGCAUGGAUCGCUUGUUUGCAUGAUUUUUGACAUUUUUGAUGAGGAGCAUGCGUUUUGUUUAUUUUCCCUUGAUGAAGAAGUUAUUUCCACCUUUGCAACACUCAACAGAGCAAAAGCGAAUCCAGGCGGACAAGAAUAAGGAAAUGAAGGAACAGAAAUCCAAGGGAAAGCCGCAAGCGAAAGGAAACCGAUCCAAGCGCGCUGGUCUCAUGUUCCCGGUCGGCUUGAUUGACCGAAAAUUGGUAAGAAUUGUUUUUGAGUACCGACCCGAGGACAUGAUUUACUUUGUACUACGAAGAAUAUUAUGAAGGCAAAGCGCACGUUCCAUUUCGCUCUGCCUUUCUUGCAACAGCUUUGUGCUUGGACGAUGCGUGCUUCGAAGGUCCCUCUUGCAUGGCAAUUUUAGUGUACCUAUCGACAUUCACAUACAUAGAACAAAACAAAAAUGAAACUCAUACCAAUUUUUUUUACAGAAAGAGAUGGGUGUCGCGAAGCGUGUGGGUCAGGGUGCGUCAGUUUUUCUGGCUGCAGUCCUCGAAUACUUGACCGCAGAAGUGCUGGAGUUGGCGGGAAACACGACCCAAGAAGCGAAGAAGACCCGAAUCUUGCCGCGUCACAUUCAGCUGGCAGUACUUGCUAAUUUACUUGACUUUGCUGAUUUUAGCUGCUGCUGUAGUUUUUCAUGCCCUUAUGCUCCAAUGUCGACCUGUUCCUUUGCAGUUACGUUUGAGUCUUGAGCUUCCAAGAGCAAGUUUGAUGAACUCAGCAGACAUGUAGUUGAACGUGAUGAAAAACUACAAAUCAGAUCCACAAGGAUGAAGAAUUGGAGAAGUACUUGGGAAAUACCACCAUCGCCGCGGGUGGUGUCCUUCCGGGAAUCCCAUCGAUCUUGCUGCAACAACAGCCGAAGUCUAACAAGUAAAAACAGGCGGUGAUAGUGCUUUGAAAACAACUACCAGCACGACGGGUCAUAAUUCACUAGUGUGUGAUCCGCGGCACUACUUCGAACUGGGAUCGAGACCACCGUUCCUGCUCUCGUCAGCAUCUGACCUAUUUUCUUGUUUUACGGAAGUUCAUCAACACUCACGGUCACGCACGCCUUCGCCCUCUCAGAAAAGUAGCACGCCUGCGAAGGAAAGAUGAAGUUAACAGCAGCAAUAUAGGAAUCAUGAAAUUCAUUUGUUUUGCUUGGCGUGGUUUUUCCCCUGUUUCGCGAACUGAUCUUUAUUUUUCUUCAAUAUGUGAUUGUCGCCUCUUGACAUCGAGCUGCUAAUCUUGGAGAACUUUUCUGAACUGAUUUUACUUUUUUCAACGUCGCAGAGAAUAUUGGACGAUGUUGGCAAUGGCAACCUUCACAACGCCUAUCAUUCAAACUCCAGGCAAUUUUUUGACGAGCCUCGCUUUUCAACAACUUUUGGAGAUGGAAACCGAACAAAGGAAAGGUACUGCUACAACCACGGGCAUAGGGCAGGAAAAGGAUGCGUGUCACGAGUUAAACCACAAAUGUCUCAGAUAAGAUAGAACAGAGAACUGAUUUGAAAAAUAAUACAAAAACGAUGGUGGACGCGGAGAAGUAGAAAAGAAAAGCCAAAAUACAAACCGAAAACGCCAAGCUCGCUGAGUACGUGGGCAUCCAGAUCUAGAUCUUGAUCUACAGUUUUAGUGCUUGCUUUCAGGGCGAGGUGUUCGAAGUAACGAUUUCGCGUACUGAGUGCUUUAUUUCUACAUCUUUAUGCUUCGCUCGUCGUUGCGCUUUGGCAUUGCACUUUUCUUUCUUCGGUUUGUCGUCAUACGUUGCUGUCACUUUUUCCCCGUGGAUCCGC